UUAAAUUAGACCGCUAUAUCUUUCUAUUUCUUAACAUUGUUUUCAGAUAUUUUAUCAUUCUACUUUAAUUUUUUAUUCGAAAGAUCUUGAAGGAAUAAUUUUGUUGCGAGUGUAAUUGGAGCUACAAACCUUUCACAAAAAUCAUCGAUAGACAUGGCGACAAUAAUAUAUUCUGUUAUGAAAUCAUGUGUCAUACACAAAACGAUACCAUAAAAACAUGUAAGAUCAGUCUAUUUAGUUCAGAAAUAUUCUUUUCUUUUUAUAUCAUCAAUAUUUAAAUAUAUCAGUAAUUAUUCUAUUAUGGAAAGGUAUAAUACUCAGAAUUCUAGAUAUUUAUCUGCUAUUACAUCUCCAAUAAAUAUUCUUUGUAUGGUGGAUAAAACAUUCAAAGAGGAUCCUGUACCGUUGCUCCAUAAAAUUGUCAGAAAUUAUAAUGAAGAAAUAAUAUCAAACUACAAUGACUAUGAAACGUUACAUAUAUUCUACACGGUUUUAUGUUAUGAAUAUCAAUUAUUUAUCAAAUAUCAACUCAGUAAUUCAUCACACGAAAUUAAUAUUGGAGCACAGAAUAUUUCAGAAGCUAUUUCUAAUAUCAUAAAAAUCUUAAUAGAAAAUAAUGAAGAUCUAAAUGAAAAACAUAAAAAACUUAUUCUAGACAUAAUAGUUCUGCAGAUAAUUCUUUAUGGGAAUAUUGAGAGUGUUAAUAUAAUUUUGAAAGCUUUAUUAUCUUCUACAGAAUCGAUUAGCGACAAGAAUCCCAAUCAUAAUCUUUUUUCUGAACUUGUUGAUUGUGUAUUAGAUUCACUAUGUUUAAAUCCGAAUUUUAAAGAUGAAGAAAUAAUGAAAAAUACUUACACCUUACUUAUAGAACAAAUGAAUAUCUGGUUUUUUAAAACAGAAUGUUUAAACUGGAAACAUUUUGUUCAAAUAUUAAAUAAAUUAAUGAUUAUAUUUGAUAGUGCAUCAACAUUAACACAUAUAUGGGAAAUGAUUUUAGAUUCCAAACAUGAUGAUUGGGAAAAGCCAUUAACACUUUUAUGCACCAUGAUUGAUAAUAUGCUAUCUUUGCCAUCUGAUGCAAUAAUUCAUUUAAAUAUUAGCUACUGUAAUAACCAGAAUAAACUUUGGCAGCUAAUAAAAUGGGGAAUCACUUCUAAAAAAGAACAAAAUUGUAAACAAGCAUUAUACAUUUUUAAAAUCAUUCUUAAUUUUAUUGAGGAACAUAGGAUGAUACCUUUUGAACCAAAAAUUGUUCCUUUUGUUUACUGUCCUCAAUAUGACCAGCAAUCAUCACUCAAGAGAUUGAGAGACAAUUUUUUUUUAAUACUAGAAAGUUUAGAAGAAAAGCAAGCUCAUCUCAUUACACCUAUCUUGAAAAACCUUGAAGAUCUUAUUCAAUUUAGCAUUGAUCAUGUAUCAUGUAACAACUGUUUGGACAGUAAAUGGAUUGCUUGUAUAAUAAAACGACUUCUAGAUCAUAAAACAAGUUUAAUAAUCAAAUCUGGAGUUUUGAGUUUGUUAAAAAUAAACCCAAAUUUUUUUACUGAAGAAUUACUGAUACUUCUCUUGAAAGGAUUAAAUAACACAUUUUUAUACAGUAAUCCAACUCUGAACAGCCUACCAAUUGUUGUAGAAGAAUUAUCUAAGUUAUUUGUACUGUCAGAAUAUAAUGGAAUCGAUCUAAUUAAUAGAUUUAUAUUUACUGCAUCAGAGAUUUCGUGGACACCAAUUCCUUUAUACUACAAUAUUUUUUCAUUGCAAAAUGCAGCAAAACAAAUAGAAGAAGUUAAAUAUAAUAUUUUUACUGAUAAAGAAUUGAAUCUCUUCACUGAUAUAAUCCAAAAAUCCUUCAAAAUUUUUAGUUAUAACUUUAGACAAUUACUGUUGGAUAAUGUUCUCACUAUCUUUCUUACUUUUGCAAGGAAACCAUUAAAUUUAAAAUCACUAGCUUCAUUUUUUAUGUUUUAUACUGAAAAUCCAAAGAUUUAUUCGAAUGACGUUGUAAAUUAUUUCAGUAAAAACAUAACGAAAGAUCAUGCUACCCAGUAUUUAUCUGAGCAUUGUAAAAAAAUAUCAUCAACUGAACUGGUAAAUGAAGCAGACAUUUGGCAAAUUAGCACGAUGUUGAUUAUUCUUCAAAAUGCACAAUUGAUUUUCAAUUCAUACGAAACACGAAAAAUGGUAAAUGAAGUUUUUCAAUUAAUUAUUGAUGCUGAUGUCAGACCAUACAUUGAUAAAAAUCAAUGUUUAAACGUAACACAAUUUAUUAAUGUUUUAUUUAAAACAAACCAAAGAAAUCUGGAAAAUGAUCCUCAUAAGCUUUCUAGUUUGAUAAUACCAUAUUUUGAAUUUAUCAAAAAGUUAAUUUCAAAAAAUUUACGACAUAGUGCUUAUAUACAAUCUUUUACAGAAGUUAAAAUAUAUGUUGAAUGUUUCGACACCAUAUCAAAAUUCUAUAAAUCAAUGAAAACUGAAUGUACUUUGUGUACAACAAUUGGUCGUGAAGCUAUUCAGUAUCUUGAUAGCUCGUAUGACAAAUUUGAAAAUAUGAAAAAUAUAAAAUAUUGGUUUCAAUUAAAAAUAGCAGUUCUCUAUUUAGAUAUGAAAGAAAAUAUUGAUUAUGAAUUUUCUUCAAAAAAUUAUCAAGAAUUUUUAAAAAAGAUGAUCCAUAGAAAACUAGACACUUCAGAGAAAUCUAACAGUGAUUGUGAUAAUGGUAAAAUAAUAUCAGAUUGUUACGAAUUAACUGGUCAAUUGUUUGAGCAACUUAUGAAUAAAAUGAUAGCAUCCAAUUAUUUAGGGGUCGACAAUGUAUCAAGUUUACUAGAAUGUGAUCUAGAAAAAUUCAUCGAAAUUGGUAAAGAAUUCGUUAUAUCACCAAUUAUGAAAGCUUUACAUCUUUUAUUGAAAAAAAACUACUCCUUUAUGUGUACGUUGAUAUUGAAAUCAGAUACGAUAAAUUCAAUCAUUGAUACAGCUUUUAAUUAUUUAUGGGAUUUGAAACGAGAUGAAUUAUACUGGUCAAGCCUUAACAGUCUUUUGCAAUUAAUUCUUGAUGAUAACUUCUUUAAAAUUCCAGAAUGUCAAAUAAUAACUCUGAAACACAUGAAAAUUGUCACAUCGCAAAGUCAGAAUGUUUUAAGAAUAAAAGAUUUAUUGAUAGAAAAUUUAAAAAAUAAUCUAGACACAUCAACUUAUUUUCAUGAUAUUUUAAUUUCUAAUUAUCUUGAUGCCAAUUUAGGAGAGAAUGACAAUAAAAUAAGAAUGCAGAUAUACAAUUAUAUUUUAAAUCAACGUCAGUGUCUAUUCCAGAAUGAUUAUGUUGAUUUACAAUUCAGAGCAAAAUCAAUCACAAUAUAUAUGAAAAUUUUACACAACAUAACAAAUUAUAAUGAUAUUAAGAACAUUUUACUCUUUUUAAUUUCAAAAUUAAAAAAAUAUGAAAAUAAAAGAUAUUUUGAAAAUUCAAGUAUUCAUAAAAUAAAACACAGAGUAAUGCAAUUAUUAUUAUUAUUACUUCGGUAUCUACGACAAGAAGAAACUAAAAUGUUGCACGAUUUCAUUGGCAAUCUUAUUAUAUCAGAAAGUAAUCAACUAACUGUGCGAAUGAUGCAAGAGUGGUUACUUAUUAAAAUAUAUUUAAAUAAUUUUGAAAUGCAACCAUUAGUGUGGGAAUUACUUGAAAGAAGUAAAUGUGAAAGACCUGGAAGUAUUGUUUCAAUUGCUUCCAUUAUAUAUCACGUAAGUCGUGGCCUUUCUUUUGAUAAACAAAUUGUUUAUAUUGAAGUUGCAAUUUCAACCCUCUUCUCCAGUUGUCUAAGCCAAAAGUUUGUCGUUCGAUUGUACUGUCAGGUCAUAUUGGAUAAAAUUUUAGACAUGAUUCCUUCACAUUUAUUAUCAAAUGAUUAUAAACUUAUCAAAAAAGGAAUCAAAGAUAGUAUGCUUCAUGGAAAUUUAAAGAAAAAUUCUUUAAAAUUAUCUGAUGAUUUCUAUUUUACAUCAUUCGAUCCAAUAAAAAAUUUUACGAUCGAGACAAUCUUUUAUGAAGUACCAAGAUUACUACGUAUGGCUACAGAUGAAUGCAUUAAGCAAGAAAUUUUGAGAAGCGUUGAUUUAAAAUAUAUUACAAUACCCAUGAGAAAUGUUGAUAAUAAAUUAUCAUCAUUGGAACCUACAGUGUAUUCAUUGAAAAAUCAAAAUGAAGGAUUCGAAGAUUUAAUCCAAAAUGAUACUAUAGAGAUUGAUAUUUGUGAUACAACAACGAUACAAAAGAAACCUAUGCCGUGGAAAUCAAUAAUUCCUAUAGAUGAUGAUUCAUUUAGAUUUUCAACCAUGAGACAGGAAAAAUUGGCAAAUGACGAUGGCAUGAUAGUAGUUGCCAGUUUAAUUGAUGGGAUGCCCAAUUUAGGAGGACUUGCAAGAACUGCAGAGAUUUUUGGUAUAAGAGAAAUAAUCAUUGAAAGUCUCAACUAUGUUGAAAAUAAAGAAUUUCAAACUUUAAGUGUAUCCGCUGAUAAAUGGAUUAAAAUAACGGAGGUGAAAGUUCAUAAUUUAAAGAAUUUUCUAUCAGAAAAAAGCUCGAUGGGCUGGGCCUUAGUUGGAGCUGAACAAACAAACAACAGUGUUAAUCUUCAUGAAAUGGAAUUCAAAAAAAAAACUAUUCUUAUCUUAGGCAAUGAAAAAAAAGGGAUACCUUCAGAUCUGAUUCCACUGUUAGACGUUUGUGUGGAAAUUCCUCAAACUGGAGUCAUUCGUUCUUUGAAUGUACAUAUUACUGGAGCUAUCUGCAUGUGGCAAUAUGCUCAACAACAUAUAUUUUGAAUAUUCUUUUAAUAUAAAUACAUUUGUUCUGUAACAUUUUCCAUACUAAAAUAAUUAAAAUAACUAUUUUUGGA